UGCUGUUUCUCCUUCUGCCCCGGGCUGCAGUCUUCCAGACUGGCAUGGUGGGUUACCCCGAAGCCUUGACAGACCCUUCCUACAAAUCCCAGAUCCUGGUGCUGACCUACCCUCUGAUUGGGAACUAUGGUGUCCCGCGGGAUGAGCCUGACCUGUACGGCCUCAGCAGGUGGUUCGAGUCCAGCAAGAUCCACGUGUCGGCGCUGAUCGUGGGCGAGUGCUCGCAGAUCCCCAGCCACUGGAGUGCCGUGCGCUCGCUGGACCAGUGGCUGAAGGAGCAGAACAUUCCCGGGCUGGAAGGGGUGGACACCAGGGCCCUGACAAAGCGGAUCCGGGAGAAGGGGACGCUGCUGGGCAGGCUGGUGCCGGACGGGGCCCAAGAGAGGAACUUGCCCUUCGAGGACCCCAACAAGCGGCACCUGGUGCAGGAGGUGUCUGUGAAGGAGCCCAGAGUGUUCAACCCCGGCGGCUCGGUCAGGAUCACGGCUGUGGAUUGUGGCCUGAAGUACAACCAGAUCCGGUGCCUGUGCCAGCGGGGGGCGGCUGUGACCGUGGUGCCCUGGGACCACCCCCUGGACAGCGCAGAGUUUGACGGGCUGUUCAUCAGCAAUGGGCCCGGGGACCCGCUUUCGUGCUCGAAGACCAUCGCCAACCUGCGCCGGCUGCUGGCCGAGCCCCAGCCCAAGCCCGUCUUCGGGAUCUGCCUGGGGCACCAGCUGCUCGCACUGGCCAUCGGCGCCCAGACCUACAAGAUGAAGUACGGGAACCGAGGCCACAACCAGCCCUGCAUCCACGAGGACUCCCAGCGCUGCUUCAUCACCUCGCAGAACCACGGCUUCGCGGUGGAGCCGGGCAGCCUGCCCCCGGGCUGGGCCGUGCUCUUCACCAACGCCAACGACCACUCCAACGAGGGCCUGGUGCACCACACCCAGCCCUUCUUCAGCGUUCAGUUUCACCCAGAGCACCGGGCCGGCCCCACAGACCUCGUGGGCCUCUUUGACAUCUUCCUGGACACUGUGCGGGACCUGAGCGCCGGCAGCCAGAACUGCAGAACAGUGCGUGAGAGGCUGCGGGAGGGGCUGGCCUACAAGGAGCCCCCGGCAGAUGGGGACGUAGCCCGGCCUCGCAAAGUGCUUAUCCUGGGCUCCGGGGGCCUCUCCAUAGGGCAGGCCGGGGAGUUCGACUACUCCGGCUCACAGGCCAUCAAGGCGCUGAAGGAGGAGAACAUCCAGACGGUGCUGAUCAACCCCAACAUCGCCACGGUGCAGACCUCCAAGGGGCUGGCUGACAAGGUGUACUUCCUGCCCCUCACAGUGGAGUAUGUCACGCAG